UUAUCAAGCAAAUCUUUUGAAAAAAAUCUUGAAAGAGCUAAAACUUGCUUCUCUUGAUGAAAGUCCAAUACGACCAGUAGAAGUAUCUAUGCUUAUUAAUGUUCUUUGGACUAAAUGUUUUUCUAAAACUCAUGAACUAUACACUAAAGCAAAGCAUG